UCCCUUCUUACGAUUGGUUGCUGCUGAAUUUACAGUCUGCAAUGGUACUGUAAAUGUCUUUGGUGAUUUGAUUUGUUGGUAAAGGAUUCUACAGGUGAAUUCAGAAACCUGAUCAAAAUAAACAAGUUGCCUGUAAAAACACUGGCAUUUGUGGGCAGUCAGGUAGAACUGUAACCUUGGACAUCUGACGUCAGGGGUCAGCAGUGCCAUGUCUGUAAUUAUCCUCUGGGUGAAAUGCACGGCGAUACAUAUGUCACUAUAAUCCUGGAAAAAUGCCUCAAAGGAAAGGGUGGCUCCUGUUCAAAAACUUCUUGCAUGGGUGUAUAUCGCAAUUGGUAAGCCCAAUGCACUGGAAUGAGGCCCAAAACAGCAUCAGACUGGUUCUACCAGUUUGUGGGUGACAGCUGAACUCUUAGCAAGAUGGCUGCAAUAAGGAAAUCAGCUGAUCUAAAGACGUGUGAGACAAACGAAACAAGAGAAAAUUUGGUUGACAGAAGGUCUCUACUCGCCAGUCAUACAAGUCAGUCCAUCAACAGUGAAGUCAAUCUAAGCUGGCUCUGGCCAGUUCAGCUGGCAGGUUCCCCUGCUGUCAGGGACGUUUUUCAACAAGAAGCCACACAAGGGAGUUUGCCGGCCCGACACAGCACCGUUUCGUUCCUAGGAGACGCCAGAGCUGGUAAGACAAGUCUGGAAAAACACCUGCUCGAUAAGUCCUUUGAUUCUGCUGAAGUAGCGACUAAAGGACUUGAGUUCGAUUUGGUACAAACAGAUGUAACGGAAGUGGGUGAAGGGUGGAAAACAGUUCACGAAGGGCCCUACAGCAGAUAUGACACUGGACGCGCACAGUAUGUUGCCAAAGAAAUUUUGAGAGAGGCUGAGCUAGUGGGCAAUCCAUAUCCAACACCAGCCGUGACGGCGUUGUUGAACUACGCACUAACACUUGCCGUAAUUGCCAUGAUUACGGGGUCAGUAGGUUUUCAGCUGGGGUUUGGUGUUGUUCUUUUAUUAACAACCGGGAUUUUCAAGCUGUUCGGUCAGAGCUACAAUGUAGCUAGGGAAUACGGUGUCAAUGUAACUAUAGCACACGUCUCAAUCAACUUCUUGCUAAGUGUCUUUCGAGAUAUCUUCUCUGUAUUUGGAAGCAAACAGUCGACUGGGUUCCCCUUCCUCCAAUACGUUAUGUUUGUUCCAACUAUAGUCUUAAUCGCGUUUGUUGUCUCGGCGCCAUUUUCUGUUGGCGGCAGACCCGGCAUAGCCCUGGCCUUUUGCCUAAUGCGCGCACCUUCUCAGCUAUCUUUUCAGGACUUAGCUUCAGGUCUUCACUUAAUCGUUAGUGGAUCAGAGUGUCUUUUAGCUGCCGCCAAUCUAGGUGGCAUCGUAGCAUCGUCUAGAGGGUGUUUGAUGCCAGUAUCACUGGUGUUGCUACUGAUAGCUGUUGCUCAGGGCGGCGCCAGUGAGAUGCUGGGGUACCUGCUGAUUUUGGUUGGUGGCUUUGUAUCAGGGGCAACAGGUUAUAUGACCUAUCACAACAUACGAAGACUUUGCAGUUCCUUUCGACGUGGCCUGCAAUUACAAAUCUUCAUGGGUCCAAUAGGGUUUGUCUAUGGCAUUGGAUUAUGUUGGCUAUUCGGCUGGCAGAUGGAUUUGCCAUCAACGUGGAAAGAUGCUUAUUAUAUAGUGCCGAACUUAGUGGCCAUUUUCCUCAUUGUACAAGUAGAAAAGCAGAGAGUGUAUUGGGCAUCUCAGGAACUUAGAAGCUAUCCUGUCCUUCUUGUUAGUAGGAGCGUCAAAACCUUUAAGGACGUAAAAGAUUUUCCUCUCAAGUUUACUCUGAUUGACUUUGCUGGAGAUACUGUCUAUCACUGCACACACCACCUGUUUCUAUCAAAUCUAGCAAUUCACCUGAUUGUCUUUAACAUGGAAAGAUUAGAACAACAGCCAGGUUAUAUCAGACGUAUUUGCUACUGGGUUCAGUCAGCUAUCGUCCACGUGCAAAAUCCCAGUCCUCAUAUUUUCAUUGUUGGAACACACUCGAGCAGUCUGUCGGUAGAGAGGAGAACGUUUCUAUCCCGUAAGGUAAGCAAGGCAUUGCUGAGCAAUAACAAGUUUACUCAGUCUAUUGUGGGAAAACCAGGUAUCAAGAAGGAUAUUGUGUUUUGCGUUGAAAACUCCAUACCUCUUCAUCAAGAUGACCAAGCCCGUCUCCUUCGAAAAACCAUCAUGGAAGUCGUCGCUUCGUCCUUCCAAUCCAAGAGGCGCAUCCCUAUCAAGUGGCUCAAAGUCAGUGACUUCAUCAACAAGUACAAAUCCAGUUCCACAGACACGUGUAUCCUGGACAAACGUACCUUGUCUGACAAGCUGCGAAAUGAAGGUGUUGUUGAGGUAGAAGAUGAGACAGAAGAGUUUGAGGAGAUGCUAAAGUUUUACGACAAAAUUGGAGAAGUCAAGGUUAUGGGUGAUGUUGUAGUCUUGAAUCUAAAAGCUUUGGUGCAGCUUGUCAUAGAGCUUGUGGAGCUUGACUGUGAUGAUCAUGAGCUUGGAAUCGUUCACGUCAGUACUUUGCGCAAAGUAUGGGAUUUUUUGACAGUGGAGAAUUCCAUUUCCACCAUCGCACUGUUCGAGAGAUAUGACAUUCUCUGCCCGAUCUCAAAAGAGCAGUAUCUUGUGCCGUUGCUUCUGGAGACAAUUGAGGAGACCAACGCCGAGAAAAGUAAGCAAAAGAAAACGGAUCAUGGGGCUUCGGCAUUCUGGGACGCUACGGGAUCUGACACUGUCCUCUACUUCAAGUUCUACAAGUUCUAUCCAGAAGCCAUCUUUCUCCGCCUGCUUGCCCGAUGUUUGUCAAUAUCACAGAAAACCCACGAUCAAGGUCGUGGUCUUGACCGAGAUGUCUACAGAAAUGUGGGCAGAUUCUACCAGGGACAUGAGUUCUACUACAAAGUGGAGCUUGUAUGUCAAUCUGUGGAGCAGAACAUGAUCCAGGUCAUUGUCAAGUGUGCUCCAGACAGAAGUCCUCAUUCUCUACUGUCCAGACUUCACAAGGACUUACAGCAGAUCCGAGACAGGGACUUCCCUUACCUGAACUACACAGUGGGACUCCCAUGUCCAGCAUGCAGUCCCGGCUGUAGCAGCGAAGGAGAGAGUGAGGUCGCCCCUCCACACAUCCUGAGGAUAGCAGGACAUGACGAAGAGCUCCCACGACCCGGAGAGAAAGUAACUCUGAUGUGCCGAGGAAAAGCCUUUGAGGUGGACCUGGGGGAACACCAACCGGCACUGGAUGCUGUCCAACCAAUGAAGACUGGAGAAAGCAGCAGAACGUCUGAACAGAAAGGUGGCGUUGGUCUCGUGGACUCCACGACCAUCCGACACCUGUCCAUUCUCCUGGACCCGCCCGCACCCAUCUUUGGGAACAACUGGAGGGCGCUGGCUGACGAACUGGGGCUGUGCUUCCAGGACAUUUGCUACAUCGAGGCAAAGCACAACCCUACAGAGAUGGUUCUAGACAUGUAUAGUAAGAAUACACCAACAGCUAACACGAACCAAAUCCACAGGGCUUUGUUAGACAUAGACAGACCGGAUGCCGCAGAAAUUACCCAACCUACCUCUGUCCAAUCGCCAGCAACACAAUGAGCAGACUGUAAAUCAAAAUAUUGUAGUGUAGAUGUGGGUCUUUGUGUGUAUUUGUAGGUCAAUCUGUCUGUAAACAGCAUACCUCGAGACGUCGUGGAUGGAUAUAUAUGAUCUAUGUUUGCAAAAUGAAGAAACGAUUAGAUUUUUGCCCCUCUUGUGGCUUUCCAUGGUACUGCAACAGGAUUUCCGGGUAGAUGUUUCGUGUUCAGGACAUGACUUUUUGGUGGUAGAUAGCUAGGUAAAAGACAUAUGCUUGAGCCCUCUAACAACUUUCUUUUGAAUUACAGCGGCACUUCAAUUGCACUGAGACUUUUUCAGUCAGAGAUGAAUGAGUUUUCAAGGUUUUUUACAUGUAGGUACCUUGACGGGAUCAAUGCUAUGGUAUAACAAAUGUGCAAGUUAGGGCUUAUGAGGCAUAAUUCAGUAUAGGCCUUGUGUUGUAUAAGUCAGACGAACUAGAUAUGGCACAUCUAUCCUGGCCUGGAUCGUCAGACAGGAUUAACUUAAUCUCCAAACAGAUGUUGGGGUGAAAGAUUGUCAUAUUUUCUGACUGCUUUGCUGCUCUGACCGCUAACAAUGCAUCUCAUGCAUGUUUGAGUGCGUAACUGUUAGAGAAGCCUGAUAGUGAGAACAAAUUACUACAUUGUGCCCAAAUAUCUGCUUGGAGAUAUUAUUAUCAGUCAAACAGCUGCCGAGUGGCUUCUGUCUGUUCUUUGCUUAUGAAA